AUGCAGACCUAUCACAUCUGGACCAUUGGCUGCCAGAUGAACACCGCCGACUCCGAACGCCUGGGGUCGGCGUUGGAGCAACUGGGCCUCACGGCCGUGACACGCCCCGCCGAUGCGGACGUGGUGGUCCUCAACUCGUGCGUCGUCCGCCAGUCCGCCGAGGACAAGGUGACCGGCACGUUGAACCUGACCCAACCCCUGCGCAAGAAGCGUCCCGACGCCGUGCUGGCGCUCACCGGCUGCAUGGUCGGCCCCCGCACCGAGGAGUUGCAACGCCGCUUCCCCCAUGUUGACCUGUUCCUGCGGCCCCAGGAGUUCGAGCCGCUGCUGGAGUUGGUCGGCGAGCGUCUCGGCUUGGACUGGGAGGGCUGCGUUGGCUCCCUGGCGCCCCAGCGGCCCGACGUGGCAACCUACGUGCCCAUCAUCCACGGCUGCGACCUGAUGUGCACCUUCUGCAUCAUCCCCUAUCGUCGUGGCCGCCAGGCCAGCCGCUCGGUGGAUGACGUUGCCCACGAGGUGGAACUGCUGGCCACUCGCGGCGUCCGCGAGGUCACCGUCCUGGGACAGACCGUGGACGCCUACGGCCACGACCGCGACGAGGGCGACGACUUGGCCGACCUGUUCACCAGGCUGAAUGAUGUGGACGGCCUUGACCGCAUCCGGUUCCUGACCUCCCACCCGUCGUACAUGAGCAGCCGCAUCAUCCGGUCCGUGGCGGAACUGCCCAAGGUGUGCGAGCACAUCAACCUGCCGGUGCAGGCGGGCGACGACGAAGUGCUGCAACGCAUGCGUCGGCCCUACACCAUCGCCGAGUAUCGUGACAUCAUCAGCGAAAUCCGUGACACCAUACCCGACGUCACGGUCAGCACCGACAUCAUCGUCGGUUUUCCCGGCGAAACCGAGGAGCAAUAUCAACACACCCUGCAACUGGUGGACGACCUUCGCUUUGACAAGGUCCACGGCGCGGCAUAUUCCACGCGGCCCGGCACCAUCGCCGCCCGCACCAUGGAAGACGACGUCGCACCGGAGGAAAAGCAGCUCCGCCUCAAAGGUCUUGAAACGCUUCAGGAGGGCAUUCUCACCGGCAUCAACUCGAGGUAUCUUCACGAUACCGUGCAGGUGCUGGCCGAGAACCGCAAACGAGGCAGCUGGACCGGAAGAACUCGCGGCAACAAGCUCGUUUAUUUCGACCCUACGGCAACCGCCGAUUCCGUCGCCGAACCCGACCUGACCGGUCAGUUGGUGGACGUUCGGAUUACACGCACCGGGCCAUGGUCAUUGGCCGGCGUGCUGGCGUAG